AUGCCGUCGAUGGGAUCUCGUAAGAGAGUAAAGCCCAGCCCCCCCGGCGCGGACUCCAAGUCCCCUACAGCAAUCAAGGAACAGGGGGAGCACUGCGGUGAGUCUUGUUGGUAUCCUGCUGUCUGGCCGGCAGUCUCCAGAGCAUCCAAGGCGGCUCCUGUUACCGAGGUUGCCCGUGAGAGCAUCUCCGCCGCUCAAAACUUAGCACCCCGACUCACUUCCCGCUCAACUCCUCAGCUUGAUUCCCCUAGACCAUUUCGAAAUCCCUCCCUCCAGCUUACUCGGAAGGUCGGCGCAUCCAGCAGGUCUCUUCCCGCCGAUGCUGCGACAACGAAGAUAAACAUAGCUUCUGAUGGCACUACAUUCACCCCUGAAGAGGAUGCUAAGUCGUGCCCGGCUGGCAUAACAACGCAACCGACCGAGGAAGAAGUAUCGAAAGACCAAGAGACAGUGAUAGCUACGGAUGACGCCCAUAAGGGCCAAUUGAGUGCUGCUCCCGAGUCUACUACAGAUGAUAACCGGCAGAGUGCGGACGCAAACCCAACGUCGACUGUCCAAACGGGUGGAUGGUUUUCAUGGUUCUAUGCCCCGUCAACGACCGAGAAUCCUGCCCCAAAAGAUCCGGUGCCAGAUCCGGUGCCAGACCCAGUGCCAGUGCUCAGUGCACCAGAGCCCACUGAAGAAUCGCCCGCGAAACCCCCUGUAUUGAAAGACGAAGAGCAGGCAACCUCGGAGGAUCAGGGGCAAAGGGAGCCAGAUAGACCGGAGCAGGAUAAGCCUGAUGAAGCGCAUGAUAAUUCGCAGAACACUCUAAAACGUUCUUGGCUUCAAAUGUGGUACGGUGCAUCAACAAAAGGGCCAGAAGAGCCUGCAAGCAAGCCUCCAGAUGAAGUGGAUAAGCCAACCACGCAAGACGUGCAGACGGAACCUGCACCAACUCAAGACCAAGAUACGCAAGGGGCAAGCAGUCCCGCUACGAUACCCCCUGUGAAGGACCCGAGGCCCUCUGGAUGGUCAUUCUGGUUCAAGGAGUCUUCGAAGGGUCCUGAUAAAGAGGGCCCGCAAGAUUCUCAGGUGGCUAGCGCCUCUAUCUUGCCAGAUGCCUCUUUGAAGAAAGCUACCAUUGAAGCCGAACCGGAAUCAGAAGCAAGGGCUGAGAUUGCGAAAAAGGGAAGCGUGAAGCUUAAGAAUAACAAGAGCAGCUCUGCAUUACCUGAUAAAACCACAUUACGUCCAGAAGCAGGCCUCAAUGACCUGGUACCGGGACCGUCUGAAGCCGCGGCCUCAAAGCAAUUGCGAAAAGUCUUGCCCAAUCAGGUUUUACCAAGGUUUCACGAGACAUUUGCUAUGCAAGAAAAGCCCAGUCUGUUGCAGACAAUAGGACGAUACUUCCACUAUGGUAAAGAGUCGAACAGCAGACACGUCCAUAUGGUCAAGGAUACACCCCCUAUCAAAAGGGCAUUGGCCAUCGGGAUACAUGGGUAUUUCCCUGCACCGUUAAUCCGGAGUGUCCUCGGCCAACCGACAGGCACCUCAAUUCGAUUCUCGAACAUGGCAGCGGAAGCCAUAAAUACCUGGGCUGACGACCAUGGCUACAAAUGCGACAUCGAAAAAAUUGCCCUGGAAGGCGAGGGGCGUAUAGCUGAGCGUGUCGACCUGCUGUGGAAAUUAUUACUCAAUUGGAUGGAGGAGAUCAGAAAGGCUGAUUUCAUUCUGGUGGCUUGCCAUAGUCAGGGUGUCCCUGUUGCGAUCAUGCUGGUCGCCAAGUUGAUAUCCUUCGGCUGUCUCAAUGCAGCGCGUGUGGGCGUCUGUGCUAUGGCAGGUGUCAACCUGGGUCCUUUCGCAGACUUCAGAUCUCGCUGGAUCAGUGGCUCAGCCGGAGAGCUCUUCGAGUUCGCCUUGCCUUACAGCCAAGUCUCAAAGGAUUAUGAAUCAGCGCUGAGAACCUGUCUCGACUUUGGCAUUCGGAUAUCAUACAUUGGAAGCAUUGAUGAUCAGCUAGUUUCUCUUGAGUCGUCCCUUUUCGCACCCGUAACCCAUCCAUACAUCUACCGCGCAGCCUUCGUCGAUGGCAGAGUUCACGCCCCAAGCUUUCUCUCUCACCUAGUCGGCUUCGUCCUCAAGCUUCGCAACCUAGGCAUCCCAGACCACGGUCUCAUCCGCGAGCUCAGCUCCCCCCUCGCAGGCAGUCUAUAUAGUGGAGAGGGGCACUCCCGUCUCUAUGAUGACCCAUCCGUAUACCGUCUGGCCAUCGAAUUCGCACUCGAAACAUCCACCAUCCACAGCGCCAAUCUGCACAUCAAACGCACCCAACCAGCCCCCGCAAACCCGUACAUCCUCCCUUUCGCGAUGCGCGGUAUUCUCGAAGAGGAAUACGUCCGCCGCGAACUUUACGAUGAGACAAUGGAACUCCUACGCCAAUUCGACGACUGGAAGCCAACAAGCAAGGUGCUCAAGGAUGUCAAAUUCCGAUUAGAGGGCAUACGGUCGAAACUUUGA